AAUUUCCCCUUCCCCAAUGUCCCCUUCUUCCUCCUCCACCUCCCCCUCCGGCCUCCCUCCCCGCCGGUUCCACCCAAAAUUCUCGCCCCUCCUCCGCCUAUCAACCCCAGCCCGCACCCCAGGACACGGAGGGGCGCCAGGGGAACCCACGGCCGGCGUUUGAUUGGCGUGGAUCGACCUCCUCCGCUCCUGGUCCCUGUUCUCCGGCGAGCAAGAUCGAUCUGGGACCCGCUGCCCGGUCGUGGAGCAGCUUCUUGUCGAGGGAGACAAUUGGGGGUUCAACUGAACCCCCAUGCCCCAGGUUAAGCCCGCCCCUGCACCCGAGUCACUCCUGGGUUUAGAUGGAGAUGACGAGACCUUGUCUGAGAGGGGCUCGGUUGGAUCUGGGUCGGGCCCAAGCACGCCGGAUGCUCGUGGUGGCAAGGAGGCCUCUUCCAGCACCCCCUCUGCUUCAGGGAGUAAGAGGAAGCGUGAGAGCUUGAGUUGUGACAGAGUGGAAGCUGAUGGUCCAGAGCCAACGAGAUCCGGCUCGAGUGACACCACAUGGAGCAUGGACAGUUUGCACGACGGCUGCCCACGCUCCUUGUCGAGGAAAAAGAAUGGCCGCUCUGAGCAUUCGGUUACUUCCGCCGCAUUGAUCAGCCGGCCUCGCGGCGUCCUGAAGCUAAGGAAGCUUCCCCAGAAUGUCAGUGCCGAGACUGGGGCUGGUGGUUGUAAUGUGCUUCAACCCAAUGGCAUUUCUAAGCCUGCCCAUUUCAUGAGGAGGAAAAGGAUAAGGAAACCAAGGGCGCUCAAGGAGAACAGAGUUGGUGGCGAUGACCCUGUCAGUUGCUUAAAAACUGAGAAUGGCACUCAUGAUCAGGACAUCACAACAAAGUCUUGUUCGGAAAAUGAUCUCUCGGUUCCAAAGCUACCAGGUGAACCAUCUAAACCUGUUCAUGUUGAUAAGGAUAGUGCUGGGCAUGCGCAAGGGCACAUUGAUGUUAGCUUGGAAGAAAAUGCUGCUAUGAUGCUCUGUUCUCUGUCAGAUAAUAGACAUGAUGACCCAUUGAGGAACCGAAUGUCAUCACCAGAUAGAUCAUCAAAGGAAUCUAAUCUUCACCGCUCUAAUCGCUUGAACAAUCCAUACAAGAAUGAAGAUGAUGUAGCAGGUCCUUCUAGGUUGCUACGGAAGCGUGACGGUAAAGGGCCAUUCAGGAAGCGUCGCCCACGUCGUCAUUUUUAUGAAGUCAGCCCUCAUGAUCUGGAUCCAUUUUCCAUUGUAAAAGAGAGGAUCAGGGUGUUUUGGCCUCUUGAUGAGACUUGGUACUUUGGCCUGGUCAAGAAAUAUGACCCUGUGACAAAGAGGCAUCAUGUCAAAUAUGAUGAUAAGGAUGAAGAAUGGAUCAAUCUUCAAAAUGAGAGAAUCAAGCUCCUCCUUUUGCCAGGUGAAGGUCGCAGGAGAUGUAUUAAUAAUACUUCAAGGAAAGCACGUAAGGUGAACUAUGAGGGGGAGAAGAGAGUACACAUGGAUCAAAACGGUUCAGGAAGCGAGUCAGAGCCCAUCAUCUCAUGGUUGGCUCAAUCAAACCAAGCAAGAUCUGGUACCUCCAGUAGCAUCAGCAAAACAGUUCUUGGUCACCCAAAUUUUCCUGUGUUAUCAAAGUCUUUCGAUGCCAACCCGGGAUUCUUUGGCUCUGAUGGUGCUAUACCAGGAGGUUUACAUGCAAAUGGUGGCCCAGAAGUUCAUAACGAUGUUACUGUACCUCGGGAAAGGAGAUUCCGCUUUGUUUAUUAUAGGAGGCGAUUUCGCAGGAGAAGGAAUGGUUUUGUCAACAUUUCAGAACAUGAUUCACAUCUUAAACGCAGAUCAAGUUCUGCGGUGGUUCUUGCUUCAGCCAAUAGCAGGGAGGCUGAUACUGAAACUGGUGCUCCAGUGGAAUAUGUCAUAUUGGUAUUAAGCCUUCCACUUAAAUCUGUUUGCAAGUUAAUUUCUGAAGCCUGCAGUGUUUGGCUUCCCAGUACUUUCUUACACCCUCAGCAUGGUUCAUUGAUUACCUUAUGGCCUGCAGUAUGUCUGGACAUACUUCUUGUUGAUGGUACUUUAGGUUUGAAACACUUGCUUCUUGAGACUUGCUUAAGAUCAGCAGUAUUUCUUUUCUGUUCACUUGUCGGAAGCUUCAAUCAGGAUUCUGGGCUGAAUGCUUUUGAUGAAUCAGAAGCGCCAUGCACCUCGGUCAGAUUCCAGAUAUCUGGUUUGCAUGGUAGGAGCCAAUCAGUGUUUGUGCUGUUCAGCCUCAUCGGAAUUGGCAAGACACAAUGGAAGAACCUGCAUGCAAAGUUCAGAUAUCACUCUUUGAAAAGGGAGCUGUCUAACGUUGACUGCACAUACGCUGAUAUCAAACAACUCAUCAGUGGAAAUGGCCAGAAUGUCCGGACUUCAAUGAAUCUCUUUUCAAAGAGUUUAUCCUCUGAUGUUCAGGAACCUCAGUUCUGCUCAGAAUCUAAUUAUCCUGAUGCUGAUCCUGUCAUAUUUUGUCUUGAUAAUCAAAGUGAUUGUACUCGAAAUCAUGUGGACGUGGCAGCUGCACGUCAUCACCUAAAGCUCCUCACUGAAACCAACUUGACUUCCAAUGCUGUAGUUCACCAGGCUGCUCCUUCUGAAAUUUCUGUAGAAGUGAAUCAGCAGUCUAUUUCACAACAUAGAUCUGCUUUGGUUAAGCAGGCUUGUUCCUUGGAGACGGGUACCGUAAGUCUGGAUUGUGACAACAGUGGUGGUGAUAUCAAUGUGAUAAGCAGAAGGUUGCCAGAUCAAAAUGGGACUUGCAUAGCUGGUGACAAACUUUGUUCUUCGAAUCAUAAUGUUACAAACUCUCCAGAGAAAUCUAAACAAAGUUACCCUUCCAUGGAUAUUCCUCAAGAUAAUAUAUCUGAUGCUCUGGAUGAUGAGUUACUUAGCAAAGAUGGCAAAGCCACAGAGCCUGUAUCUAACUUGGUUCAGGAAUUGAAUGAGCAUCCAAUUGGUCGUGUCACACCAACUGCCCCAAGGACGUCCUACCAUCGGAACAGGUUUACAUCCAUAUCACGCACAUUUGGAGAUGGUUCAAAAUUAUGGCCAGAAGAUAACAUGUCAACUGGCAGUGCUGGUGGUUCUAAGAAAACACGAACCCAUGUUUCAUACUCAGUUUCUCCUAGAAGUGAUGAACUAGGAUCAAAACACAAAGGACAUUUCCGCAAGAUACAACCUCACAACAUCGCCAAGACUAACGGUUCGAAGAGGCUUCCUGAUAAUACUAGAAGUGGGGAGAGCAGCCCAGAGUCAUUGGCUUGUGUUGCAAAUGUCCUGGUAACAGUUGGUGAUAGAGGAUGGAGGGAAUAUGAUACUCAGAUCAGAAUUGACACCGAUGGGCAGAGUGAUCGAAGUAUCUGUGUGAGGCUUGCUGAAGGAAAGAAGUAUGUUCACAAAGUUUCUCAAGUUUUGCAGCCUGGUGCUACUAACCGCUAUACUCAUGCUAUUUUGUGGAAAGGGGGCCCUGAAUGGUACCUAGAAUUUCCUGACAGAAGCCAGUGGUCGAUUUUCAAACAAAUGCAUGAUGAAUGCUAUAGUCAUAACAUCAGAGCUGCAUCUGUUAAAAACAUUCCAAUCCCUGGUGUCCGCUUGGUUGAAGGUCAUGAUGAUAAUGAGGUUGUAUCGUUUGUGCGCCCCCAAGAUUAUCUUUGCCAUAUCGGACCAGAUGUUGAAAUGGCUCUUGACGAAUCCCGCGUGAUAUAUGACAUGGAUAGUGACGAUGAAGAGUGGAUUUCAGGAUGGAGGAAGUCUCAGCGAGAUAAGAAGUACACUAUGUCUGAGUUAACAGAGGAUUUGUUUGAGAAGAUCAUGGACAAAUUUGAGAAAUUUGCACAUACCCAUAACUGCAGUGCGCUCACGAUUGAUCAGAUUAAGGAAUUAGAUGUGGAUAAUGUACCGCUGGACAUCACUGAAGUGAUACAUGAUCAUUGGCAUGACAAGAGGCAGAAGAAGGGAAUGCCGCUUGUUCGACAUUUUCAGCCUGUUAUGUGGAAGAUUUAUGCUCAGCAGCUACAGGAAUGGGAAUCGGCAGUAAACAGAAUGCAGGGUUCAUCAAAUGGGUACCAAGGAAAGAGGCCGCCCCCCAAACCUGCACUCUUUGCCUUCUGUUUGAAACCUCGUGGACUCCGGCUUCAGGUAUCCAAGGGACCGAAGCAGAGAUCACAUAAGAAGCUUAUGUACUCUGGAUGCCACAGCUUUUCGAGAGAGCAGGAUGGCUUUUACCGACAAGGCCGGAGAAACGGCGAAUAUGUUGGGGAUGGGAGGACAUAUGAAUCCUAUGACGGUGGUUCUCUUAAUUCACCAACAGGGUACUCCCCCAGGUUCUCUAUGAGAACAGAUUCCCCUCGCGCGUCUGAUGCUUCGGACAGAGGUUCUACUCCAAGAUUCAGGACUAACAGUAUGAAAAGGAAUGCUAGCUUUGCAUUCUCUGAGGAUCACCAACCGUCCCCGUCCUUCCGCAGCCAGAAAAUAAGGCGAGGAGGUGUGCCUGAUCACUGGAACACUGCAAUCCAUGAGUACCAGAACUCGAAGCAGGCGCUCCAAGGGGGGCCGCCCCAGAGCCACCGUGUGGACGUCGAGGAACUCAAGCUGCGUGACGCCACGAGCGCCGCGCAGCACGCCGCGACGAUGGCCAGGCUCAAGAGGGAGAAGGCCCAUUGCCUGAUGCACAAGGCGGACCUCGCCCUCCACAAGGCCUCGGUGGCCGUCAUGAUCGCGGACGCGAUCAAGGCGUCCAGCAGGGACUCGUCACGGGCGGCGGACAGCAGGAGGGACGACUGGCGGUGACGCCUCGUUGUCGAGCGUGAGCUGAUGCGUGCGGACGCAUCGUUUUGUCGAUAGGAUCAAUGCAGUAGAUAGCGUCGGGCCGUAGAAAAACCAACCUUCCUCCAAACCCCAAACCAGUUCUGUUUGAUCCUUUUGUACAUGUGAUAUUUCUUCCUCCUCCUUACCUUGUCCAGAGUCUUGUCUGGGGAUGAUGGCUGAUGCCUCCCGGGUUGUUAACUGUGUUGUUGGCAGAGAUGGUUGUUGAUAGGGCAGGUAGCUGUUGUUGCAUGAUUUUGCAUUCUCAUUGUUGUUGUAAAGGUUGCUUCUUCCAUCCAAGGGAAACGGCCAUGGCUUGUGCUGCCAGCCGCUACCCGGCCCAAAGAAAAUGAAAUAUGAAGAGAAUAGUUGAGGACAUAUGGCUCUGCGUCUCGCAAGUGUUGGUGAUGCUAUCGCACUGUUUGUUUUUC